GCUGAUACUACUGACCCAGCUUCGCUUUUGAGUCUUCGUAAUCAAACUAAGCUCUUGCUUAACUGUGUUGGGCCUUAUAGGAUCCAUGGUGAGCCUGUUGUUUCUGCUUGCGCCUCUUCUGGGUGUGAUUAUUUGGAUAUAACUGGAGAGCCUGAGUUUAUGGAAAAAUGGAGGCCAAAUACCAUGAAAAGGCUGUGCAGACAGGUUCCUUGAUUGUUUCAGCAUGUGGAUUUGAUUCAAUUCCUGCUGAAAUGGGGGUUAUGUUCAAUACAAGGCAGUGGGAGGCUCCUGCUGUGCCAAACCAUGUUACUGCCUAUGUAAGUUUGGAGUCUGAUAAAAGAAUUGUUGGGAACUUUGCAACAUAUGAAUCAGCAGUUUUGGGUGUGGCAAACAUGGACAAGUGGCAGGAGUUGAGGCGUUCUAGACCCAGGAAACCUAGGGCAGUGAUUCCUGGUCCACCACCUCCCAAAGGACCAACUAUAGAAUACCAGGAUAAAAUUGGUCUUAGGGCUGUAAAGCUACCCUCGGCAGAUGCUGUUGUUGUUCGAAGGACUCUUGUCACUCUGACGGAGAACCCCCGUGGUCUCCCUGGGAUUAAUGAGAGUCCUGAACAUAUCGAAAAGAGGGAGGCCUACUGGUCAUCAGUGAAGCCAGCUCAUUUUGGAGUGAGAAUAGCAUCUAAAACCCUUUUAGGCAUCUAUCGAAUCAUCGGAGUUGGGAUUUUCAUUGGAGUCUUAAGUAGAUUUUCAUUCGGGAGGUGGCUUCUCUUAAAAUUUCCCUCUUUUUUCAGCUUCGGGUGGUUCCGAAAGACAGGUCCAACGGAGGAAGAGGUGAGAAGCGCAUCAUUUAAAAUGUGGUAA